GUUCUCGCCCAUGAGCCCGUGAUAUCGACUAGUGGCCGUCCGGAGCUCUCCUCAGCCCCCCCUCUGUCUGUGCCUGAGCCGAUUCACGUGCGGGCUGCACCUGUUGACCUGCUGCAUCUCCCUGUGCCUCUGCUCUGCCCGCCACGAUGGCGCGACGCAGGUACAGGCUGUUCAUGAUAUGCGCAGCUGUCAUCCUCUUCCUCCUCUACCGGGUCUCGCAGAACACGUGGGACGACUCUGCGCACUAUGCCACCCUUCGCCACCCUCCUGCCUCGAAUCCUCCAGCCGCAGGCGGAGAGAGUCCUCUCAAGCCCGCCGCGAAACCUGAGCACGAGCACGAGCACGAGAACGGAUAUGCACCCGAGUCCAAGCCAAAGCCCCAGUCCGAGCCCAAGCCCGAAUCGAAACCAGCGCCGGAGCAUGCGGCUGGUGGCCAGAAGUCGCAGGGCAAGCCCAGCUACGAGGACGAUGAAGAGACAGGCAAGAAUCCGCCAAAGAGCGCUGUCAUACCCUCAGACACCCGACUUCCGCCAGACAACAAAGUCCAUUGGCGGCCUGUGAAGGAGCACUUCCCUGUGCCGAGCGAGUCCGUCAUCAGCCUGCCCACCGGGAAGCCGCUCAAGGUUCCCCGAGUCCAGCACGAGUUUGGCGUCGAAUCGCCAGAAGCCAAAUCCAGACGAGUUGCCAGACAAGAGCGCGUUGGCAAGGAGAUUGAGCGGGCAUGGUCGGGCUACAAGAAGUUUGCGUGGAUGCACGACGAGCUGUCGCCCGUCUCUGCCAAGCAUCGCGACCCCUUUUGCGGAUGGGCCGCCACCCUGGUGGAUUCCCUCGAUACUCUGUGGAUUGCGGGGCUCAAGGAGCAGUUCGAUGAGGCGGCCAGGGCCGUUGAGCAAAUUGACUUCACUACGACUCCUCGGAAUAACAUUCCCGUCUUUGAGACGACCAUCAGAUACCUCGGUGGCCUUCUCGGCGCCUUCGACGUGAGUGGUGGUCAUGACGGCGGCUAUCCAAUGCUUUUAACCAAGGCUGUUGAGCUUGCGGAGAUUCUUAUGGGCAUCUUCGACACGCCAAACCGGAUGCCCAUCCUGUACUACCAAUGGCAACCAGAAUAUGCAUCUCAGCCUCAUCGGGCCGGCUCCGUUGGCAUAGCAGAGCUUGGCACACUUUCCAUGGAGUUUACACGCCUCGCCCAGCUCACCAGCCAAUACAAGUACUACGACGCCGUGGACCGCAUUACCGAUGCUUUGAUCGAGCUCCAAAAGCAAGGCACCUCCAUUCCUGGUUUGUUUCCCGAAAAUCUGGAUGCCUCUGGAUGCAACCACACAGCAACAGCUCUCCGCAGCUCGCUGAGCGAGGCAGCGCAGAAGCAAAUGGACGAAGAUCUGUCCAACAAGCCCGAAAACUAUCGCCCCGGAAAGAACUCCAAGGCGGAUCCGCAAACCGUCGAGAAGCAGCCCGCAAAGAAGCAAAACGAACCCGUGGAGAAGGCCAAGCAAGUGCCAACCCAGCAGACGGCCAAGCGAGGGAAACCCCCCUUUGGGGCUAAUGGCUUCACGGCCAAUUGGGAUUGCGUUCCUCAAGGCUUAGUGGUCGGCGGAUACGGAUUUCAGCAAUAUCACAUGGGAGGUGGCCAAGACUCAGCGUACGAAUACUUUCCGAAGGAGUACCUUCUCCUCGGUGGUCUGGAGUCCAAAUACCAGAAGCUGUACGUGGACGCUGUCGAAGCGAUCAACGAGUGGCUCCUCUACAGGCCCAUGACCGAUGGGGACUGGGACAUUCUCUUCCCCGCCAAGGUCAGCACAGCCGGAAACCCUUCGCAAGAUCUCGUGGCAACAUUUGAGGUUACGCAUCUGACCUGCUUCAUCGGCGGCAUGUACGGCUUAGGCGGCAAGAUCUUUGGUCGAGAAAAGGAUCUCGAGACGGCUAAGCGACUGACGGAUGGCUGUGUGUGGGCCUAUCAGUCAACCGUGUCCGGUAUCAUGCCGGAAGGCUCCCAGGUUCUGGCUUGCCCAACGCUAGAGAAGUGCGAUUUCAACGAAACCCUCUGGUGGGAGAAGCUGGAUCCGGCAAAGGAUUGGAGGGACAAGCAGGUGGCCGACGACAAGGACAAGGCGACUGUCGGCGAGGCCCUCAAGGAAACUGCCAACAGCCAUGAUGCUGCCGGGGGCUCCAAAGCCGUGCACAAGAGAGCUGCAGUUCCACUGCCAAAGCCUGGAGCCGACGACGAUGUCGGUUCAGAGCUACCGCAGUCGCUAAAGGAUAAGAUUGGCUUCAAGAAUGGCGAGCAGAAAAAGCCAACAGGCAGCAGCGUCGGCAUCCAACGAGACCCCGAUGCGCCGGUCGACUCGGUGCUCGAAGCCCACCGGCUGCCUCCUCAGGAGCCUGAAGAGCAGCAAGUCAUUCUUCCCGACAAGCCCCAGACGCACGAAGAGUUUGUGAAGCAAAGAAUUGCCGAAAUGGGGUUCGCCCCUGGUGUUGUUCACAUUCAAUCGAGGCAGUACAUCCUCCGACCCGAGGCUAUUGAGUCAGUAUGGUACAUGUACCGCAUCACAGGCGACCCCAUCUGGAUGGAGAAGGGUUGGAAAAUGUUCGAGGCCACGAUUCGUGCUACCCGGACGGAGAUCGCCAACAGUGCCAUUGACGACGUCAACAGCGAGGAGCCCGGGCUCAAGGACGAGAUGGAGAGCUUCUGGCUCGCCGAAACACUCAAGUACUACUACUUGCUCUUCUCGGAGCCAAGCGUCAUCAGCCUGGACGAGUGGGUGCUCAACACCGAGGCUCAUCCCUUUAAGAGGCCCGGUGGCAGUGUAAUUGGACACAGUAUAUAAGGGGGAAGGCAACGAGUGGAUGAAUGGGUAGCGUAUAUCACUUGCGGAGUAUUUUUAUCCAGCAGCACUACUACUAUAUUGCUUAUGGGCGGUGUGUCUUUUGAUGUUUAGGCAUAGCCUGAUUUUUCCUAGUUGUUUUUAUUGCGUUUUGCAAAGACAUGAAGAUGGCA